AUGAAAAUUUUUAAAUUUAAAAAUAUUUUAAAAACCCUUAUGAGAUCUACUAUCAAAUCACAAGAAGAAUACGAUAAUAUCGUAAAUAUUUUUAUAGGCAAGGAUACGACAGUAGAUGGCAGCAAACAUACUAAGUGUCGUUUGAAAAAUAAGUCCGAGCUGUUUAUCUUGAAGAUACAGAAAAUGGUCAUAAACGGGUGUUUGUGA